AGCCAGCCGUGCGCUGCUGAUAUUACUCGUUUAGUUUGUUAAAUGUUUCUCAAGUGUUUAUAUCGAAUUGUUAAUAUUUUGGAAACUGACAGAAUUUAAAACCAGUUAAGAUCACUCAAACAACAGAUCAUGGAGGAAUGUUGUACACCGACUUUAGCGGCUCCUAGAGAGUUUAUUUUCAAUGUGACUCCAACCAUGAUUAACAAUACCACAACAUCAUACUAUCAAGAUGUGCACAAUAUAAUGGCUAAUAUGCGUACCUAUACGCCCAUUCAUACGGAGGUGCGUUCACCGGGUAUAUCACCCAUAUUCAAAUUGGCCAACUCAUUGUCAAGUCCCGUUACAACGCAUCACAGUUCAUCGUUUAAGGAGUUCAAGAAGCCUUCGCUGAUGCCCAAACCCGUGGUUACCUCCUACACACCAUCGCCCAAAUUUGGCGAUAGCAAUGCAAAUCGUUAUCUCAGCCCCUGUCCAUCGUUUGUGGGUGCAUCAAACUUUUCCAAAUCAUCGCUGUCACCCUCACCCUCGCUGAAUAGCUUAAACAGCAGCAAUGGAGAUUCAAUGGGCAAUGAAAGCAAUGCAUCCAUACUCAACCACACUCUAACCAUAAAUUUGCUAUUGAAAACUUUGGGUCUGGAACGUUACUGUGAGAAGUUUGAAAAAGCCGGCAUUGAUUGCAAUAACUUGAUGAAUAUUAAAACUACAGAUCUCAAGGGCAUCGGCAUAAAAUCCGAUGAUUGUAAACGCAUUAUGGAAAUGUUUGAUAAUUUCUAUUCAAGCUAAGAAAAUAAGAUGGCGUUUUGGAGGCGUAUAUGUGUGUGUUUUUGAUUUCGUUUCAUUGUUGUCCCCGUGAUUUUU